AUCAUCACUCCGUGUCGCCGGCUAAUUCUGUGUGCGGAGAACAGGAAAGAGAUGGAGGACUGGAUGGCAGCCCUGAAGAGCGUUCAGAACAGAGAACACUUUGAGGUGAGGGCAAGGUCACAGAUUCAGAGGUCAGGGGUCACUAUUUUCUCCCUCUCUUCUCAUCCAAUCCCCCAGGGUACGUCCCAAUAAUCUCUACUUCCUCCUGAAGUGUGCACUCAUACACUACUCCACAUCAAUUUUAAAGCAUUGGAUUGGUGUAACCAUGGGCUAAAGGGAGUUUCCAUAUACCAGAUAGGUGAACACAAUGCUUUGGGAAAGCAGAGAUACUUGUGACACCCCCUCUCAAAUUGACCCCUGGACCCUACCCUCCUAGCCUAGGCACUUGUAUGGAAGCUCCGAUUUGACCUUUGGUAGGUUAGUUGGAAGUUUUGCCGUAUCGUUAUUGCCUUGCUAAUACAGUGAGGGAAAAAAGUAUUUGAUCCCCUGCUGACUUUGUACGUUUGCUCACUGACAAAGACAUGAUCAGUCAAUAAUUUGAAUGGUAGGUUUAUUUGAACAGUGAGAGACAGAAUAACAACAAAGAAAUCCAGAAAAACGCAUGUCAAAAAUGUUAUAAAUUGAUUUGCAUUUUAAUGAGGGAAAUAAGUAUUUGACCCCUCUGCAAAACAUGACUUAGUAUUUGGUGGCAAAACCCUUGUUGGCAAUCACAGAGGUCAGACGUUUCUUGUAGUUGGCCACCAGGUUUGCACACAUCUCAGGAGGGAUUUUGUCCCACUCCUCUUUGCAGAUCUUCUCCAAGUCAUUAAGGUUUCGAGCCUGACGUUUGGCAACUCGAACCUUCAGCUCCCUCCACAGAUUUUCUAUGGGAUUAAGGUCUGGAGACUGGCUAGGCCACUCCAGGACCUUAAUGUGCUUCUUCUUGAGCCACUCCUUUGUUGCCUUGGCCGUGUGUUUUGGGUCAUUGACAUGAUGGAAUACCUAUCCACGACCCAUUUUCAAUGCCCUGGCUGAGGGAAGGAGGUUGACACCCAAGAUUUGACGGUACAUGGCCACGUCCAUCGUCCCUUUGAUGCAGUGAAGUUGUCCUGUCCCCUUAGCAGAAAAACACCCCCAAAGCAUAAUGUUUCCACCUCCAUGUUUGACGGUGGGGAUGGUGUUCUUGAGGUCAUAGGCAGCAUUCCUCCUCCUCCAAACACGGCGAGUUGAGUUGAUGCCAAAGAGCUCGAUUUUGGUCUCAUCUGACCACAACACUUUCACCCAGUUCUCCUCUGAAUCAUUCAGAUGUUCAUUGGCAAACUUCAGACGGGCCUGUAUAUGUGCUUUCUUAAGCAGGGGGACCUUGCGGGCGCUGCAGGAUUUCAGUCCUUCACGGCGUAGUGUGUUACCAAUUGUUUUCUUGGUGACUAUGGUCCCAGCUGCCUUGAGAUCAUUGACAAGAUCCUCCCGUGUAGUUCAGGGCUGAUUCCUUACCGUUCUCAUGAUCAUUGCAACUCCACAAGGUGAGAUCUUGCAUGGAGCCCCAGGCCGAGGGAGAUUGACAGUUAUUUUGUGUUUCUUCCAUUUGCGAAUAAUCGCACCAACUGUUGUCACCUUCUCAACAAGCUGCUUGGCGAUGGUCUUGUAGCAAAUUCCAGCCUUGUGUAGGUCUACAAUCUUGUCCCUGACAUCCUUGGAGAGCUCUUUGGUCUUGGCCAUGGUGGAGAGUUUGGAAUCUGAUUGAUUGAUUGCUUCUGUGGACAGGUGUCUUUUAUACAGGUAACAAGCUGAGAUUAGGAGCACUCCCUUUAAGAGUGUGCUCCUAAUCUCAGCUCGUUACCUGUAUAAAAGACACCUGGGAGCCAGAAAUCUUUCUGAUUGAGAGGUGGUCAAAUACUUAUUUCCCUCAUUAAAAUGCAAAUCAAUUUAUAACAUUUUUGACAUGCGUUUUUCUGGAUUUUUGUUGUUGUUAUUUUGUCUCUCACUGUUCAAAUAUACCUACCAUUAAAAUGAUAGACUGAUCAUUUCUUUGUCAGUGGGCAAACGUACCAAAUCAGCAGGGGAUCAAAUACUUUUUUCCUUCACUGUAAAUGUAUAUCUACGCUAAUGUCUGCACUGGGUUUCUUAACCAGGGUCCUGUUGGACUGACGGGUGCAAACAUUUUUUUAUUAUAGCCCAACACUAACACACCUGAUUCAACUUCUCAUCGAAACAUUAAGCCUUUGAUUAGUUGAAUCAAGUGUAGCCUAUUAGUGGUGGAUAAGAAGAACAGAAAUCUAAUCAUCUGUAGGGCCCCAGAUCAGGGCUGCUUCCCAAAUGGGACCCUAUUUCCUAUAAAGUGCACUACUACCUUUGACCAGGGCCCAUAGGGCUCUGUAUAGGGUGCCAUUUGGGAUGCAACCCAGGAUGAAGAAAUCCUGAAAGGAGUAGUGGUUAGGGGACGAUUUAGGACUUAUUUCCCCUCUCUUGUCUCCUCCCAGUCCACCCAGUAUAGCAUGGACCACUUCUCUGGGAUGCAUAACUGGUACGCCUGCUCCCACGCCCGCCCCACCUACUGCAAUGUGUGCCGUGAGGCCCUCUCCGGAGUCACUUCGCACGGACUGUCCUGUGAAGGUACGUACCGCUCUGAACACAUACACACUACCCUGGCUAUAUGCUAGCUAAAGGUUUUCACGGAUCCACCUGUACCUGAAUACCUGAGACCCAAUCGGGAGGGAGGGAGGGAGAGAGGGAGAGAGAGAGAUUCCCCCCCUCCCUCCAGGGCUCGGUUCUAGGCCCUCUUCUCUCUAUACAUCAAGUCACUCGGCUCCGUCAUAUCCUCACAUUUAGUCACGGUAAUUAGGCUUCUCCAAGCUCUGAUGCUGCUGCUGGUCAUUAGUAGCCUACCAAACUUGCUAAUUGCCUGGUACUCAGCACUCUAUUGUCACUCUAACAUCAAUGCAAAUGUCUUCGAAAAUCUAAUCAAACACUUCAUGAGAGCCCAUGAGCACAUGUUGCGCAACAUUUCUAUAGGCUAUGCAAUUUCACGAGAAAACAGAGUGAUGGCCUCUACUAAAAAGAGGAGGAUCCCAUCAGCUUACUAUAGGCUUACUAUAUUUCUUUCUCAACUUUCCUAAUAUUAAGCACAUUGCUUAUAUUUACAACAGGAGUAUAGCCUACCUGACUGGCAUGAAAAUGAACCACACGAAAAGCGUCCUCCAUUCGCUAUUUAAGUGCAUAGAUGACAUGGGUUUUUUUCCCCACUGCCCCUAUUUUGAUACAGGUGCAUGAUAAUGGUCCAUUCUAAAUCAAAACAAAUUUCACACAUACACUACCAUUGAAAAGUUUGGGGUCACUUAGAAAUGUCCAUACAUGAAAUUAGUUUGAAUAGAAAAUAUAGCAAAAUGCAUAGGAAAUGUAGUCAUUGACAAGGUUAGAAAUAAUGAUUUUUAAUAUAAAUAAUAAUUGUGUCCUUCAAACUUUGCUUUCGGCAAAGAAUCCUCCAUUUGUAGCAAUUACAGCCUUGCAGACCUUUGGCAUUCUAGUUGUCAAUUUGUUGAGGUAAUCUGAAGAGAUUUCACCCCAUGCUUCCUGCUCCCACAACAGCUCAAUAGGGUUGAGAUCCAGUGACUUUGCUGGCCACUCCAUUAUAGACAGAAUACCAGCUGACUACUUCUUCCCUAAAUAGUUAUUGCAUAGUUUGGAGCUGUGCGUUGGGUCACUGUACUGUUGUUGGAGGAAAUUGGCUCCAAUCAAGCGCCGUCCACAGGGUAUGGCAUGGUGUUGCAAAAUGGAGUGAUAGCCUUCCUUCUUCAAGAUCCCUUUUACCCUGUACAAAUCUCCCACUUUAUCACCACCAAAGCACCCCUAGACCAUCACAUUGCCUCCACCAUGCUUGACAGAUGGCAUCAAGCACUCCUCCAGCAUCUUUUCAUUUGGCCUGUGUCUCACAAAUGUUCUUCUUUGUGAUCCGAACGCCUCAAACUUCAAUUCGUCUGUCCAUAUCACUUUUUUUGCAAUCUUCCUCUGUCCAGUGUGUCUGUUUUUUUGCCCAUCUUAAUCUUUUCUUUUUAUUGGCCAGUCUGAGAUAUGACUUUUUCUUUGCAACUCUGCCUAGAAGGUCAGCAUCCCGGAGUCGCCUCUUCACUGUUGACGUUGAGACUGGUGUUUUGCGGGUACUGUUUAAUGAAGCUGCCAGUUGAGGACCUGUGAGGUGUCUGUUUCUUAAACUAGACACUGUAAUGUAUUUGUCCUCUUGCUCAGUUGUGCACCGGGGCCUCCCACUCCUCUUUCUAUUCUAGUUAGAGCCAGUUUGCGCUGUUCUGUGAAGGGAGUAGUACACAGCGUUGUACAAGAUCUUCAGUUUCUUGGCAAUUUCUCGCAUGUAAAAGCCUUCAUUUCUCAGAACAAGAAUAGACUGACGAGUUUCAGAAGAAAGUUCUUUGUUUCUGGCCAUUUUGAGCCUGUAAUCGAACACACAAUUGCUGAUGCUCCAGAUACUCAACUAGUCUCAAGAAGGCCAGUUUUAUUGCUUCUUUAAUCAGCACAACAGUUUUCAUCUGUGCUAACAUAAUUGCAAAAGGGUUUUCUAAUGAUCAAUUAGCCUUUUAAAAUGAUAAACUUGGAUUAGCAAACACAACGUGCCAUUGGAACAGAGGACUGAUGGUUGCUGAUAAUGAGCCUCUGUACGCCUAUGUAGAUAUUCCAUAAAAAAUCUGCCGUUUCCAGCUACAAUAGCCAUUUACAUUAACAAUGUCUACACUGUAUUUCUGAUGAAUUUGAUGUUAUUUUAAUGGAUAAAAAAAUUGCUUUUCUUUUGAAUACAAGGACAUUUCUAAGUGACCCCAAACUUUUGAACGGUAGUGUAUAUUAUUUUGUAUAUGUAAAGACAAGAUUAAAUCAAGAAUAGUCUGAUGGGUGACAAUAUUAGCCUAUCACUUGUGAAUUAUAUAUUUUCACUUGUGAAUGAUGCCCAGCAUAAGAAACAAUGCCUUUUUUUUGCGACUUUUUCUAAUCAUAGUCGCACACCUCAUAGCCCUUAGGCCUAUAUGUUUUGAUAAGGUUUGUAUCACAACUAAAGUGGCAAAAUAACUUCUUAAAAUGAAGCACAUUAAUCCACUUUACAAGGGGUGUAGAGCCUAACUGGCAUACAUAAGCAGCGCGUGAGUUUGGGGAAGAUAAUUUUCACCAUAAAAAUGCACCUUUAUAAUAAAAUCAUUACAUGAAUAAUUUAAUUUGCAGUCACUUUUGAUAACAUUUUAUCAACAUUUUAAGCUAAACGUUCUGAUCUGUUGCGUCAGCCACAUCGCGUGAAAAGUUUUUUGGGAUGCUAGUGGUUGUAUUAAUUUGGGAUCUAUCGCAUCCCACAACUGUCCCAGACUAUGUUUGGAAUAUGUAUUUAUUGCACAGAAUAGAAUAGGUCAACUUUUGUACUAUGGGGGAUAGUAGAUUGACAUAGGCUAGUGCUUUUGCUGUUCGUUAGGCUUACUCAUCUUGUUGACUGAUGAAAAGUAAAUGUGGACAGUUCUUCCAAUAUCUUCAAAAUGCACCUCGGAAUUGGAUAAGGACGCGCGCAAUUGCGUCCCCGAUGUGUCUGUCUUCACUUGUAGCCUGUGAGAAAGACACGAUCACGUGAUGGAGAGCCAUGUGAGUGAGAGGUGAUUCGGCGCACUCAGGGAGAAGGGCACAACGGCCACUGGCUGCAAAAGGCAUGGAUUUUUUUAGGGUGUAUUACGGCCACACAAAGGGGAUGCCGCCAUGAAAUUCUAGGCAUUAUCAAGUGCUUGUCAAAUUGUGAAUGAGAGACUGAUGUAGAGUGUACAGCCUGCGUCAAAAAACAAAGCAGAGCUCAUGCCUUUCAAGCAACUUUUUUUUAAAUCAUCAUUAGUUGCAUCAUGCAGCCUUACAAUGUAUUAAAAAUCAAAACAUAUAGCCCAAUGUUUGUAGAACAACUAAAGUUACAUUAAUAACUCUAAAGUAAGCAGAUAGGAAUACCUAUUUAUUUGUUAACCGCUCAACACAGAAUAGCUGUAUGUGCGCACUCCCUCAAAUCGUUUGGAGAAAAUAUCCUUUCUAUUUUAUUCAGCUUUGUUCAAUUGUAUUCUUCAUACUAUAAAAUAAUGCCACGGAAUUCUAAGCAAAUCUUGUCUGCUAAAUGAACUAGUGUAGCCCACAGCCAUUUGUCAUAGCCAGAUCAGGACCUAACAUAAGGACAACUCAGAGUAUGCUAUUCUGUUCUUCUGAAAUAGACUACAUUUUCUUCAUAUCAUGCUUCUUUAGACCUGUCUAAAAUAAAUAAUGGAUUUAUUGUGAAGGUGUAGGCUACAUUACAUGGAUUUAUUAGACUUUUUAAAAUGUGGAUGUUCCAAAGGUCUGCAUCAGAGGCUUGUAGGCUAUGUGUGGAAGCCAGUAGAUGCUAAAUGUGGCCUGCCCGCUCAAAGACCUCUCUGUCACGGUUGACAACUCCAGUCGCCCACCCAGAGUGCAAAGAACCUUGGCGUGACCCUGGACAACACCCUGUCGUUCUCUGCAAACAUCAAAGCAGUGACCCGCUUCUGCAGGUUCGUACUUUACAAUAUCCGUAGAGUACGACCCUACAUCACACAGGAAGCGGCGCAGGUCCUAAUCCAGGCACUUGUCCUCUCCCGUCUGGACUACUGCAACUCGCUUUUGGCUGGGCUCCCCGCUUGUGCCAUCAAACUCCUGCAACUUAUCCAGAACACUGCAGCCCACCUGGUUUUCAACCUUCCCAAGUUCUCUCAUGUCACCCUGCUCCUCCGCACACUCCACUGACUUCCAGUCGAAGCUCGCAUCCACUACAAGACCAUGGUGCUUACCUACGGAACAGCAAGAGAAACUGCCCCCCCUACCUUCAGGCUAUGCUCAAACCCUACACGCUAACCAAAGCACUGAGUUCUGCCACCUCAGGUCUCUUGGCCCUCCCACCCCUACUGGAGGGCAGCUCCCGCUCAGCCCAGUCCAAGCUCUUCUCUGUCCUGGCACCCCAGUUGUGGAACCAGCUUCCCCCUGAAGCUAGGACAGCAGAGUCCCUGCCCAUCUUCCGAAAACAUCUGAAACCCUACCUCUUCAAACAGUAUCUUAAAUAAUCCUCCUCCUCACCUCACUAUAUUUUGUGGUUUUGGCUCUGUACUCCAGCACUUUGGAAAUGAUACAAUGACUAUGAGGUUAAAGUGCAGCCUGUCAGCUUUAAUUAGAGGGUAUUUUCAUUAAUAUCGGGUGAACCGUUUAGAAAUUACAGCACUAUUUGUACAUAGUCCAUCCAUUUUAGGGAACAAGAUUGAGAAAGUUAGACGCACAAAUAUCAUAACCCCCCCCAAAAAAUGCUAACCUCUCCUGUUAUUGUAAUGGUGAGGUUAGCAUGUCUUGGGGGUAUGAUAUUUGUGGCUAACUUUCUCACUCAUUAUUAUUCCCGAUUUAUUCUGGAUUAUCCGUAAUCAUGGUUGCAUCUACAUUCAUGUAGAAGUGUUUAGAAAUAUAUUAUAUUAUUAUUUACAAUAAAAGUGAUUAAAAUGACACAAUUAUUUACCAUUAAUUUCUAAUGAGCACAAAAUAAUCUGAAACCCAACCAAAACAAACAGCAAAUGCAUCCAGCUAAUUUGUUGAGUCACAAGCUUGAUGUAGUCAUUGCAUGCUAUGAAUAUGGGACCAAAUACUUUACUUUUUACUACUUUAAAACACAUUUAAGGGAAUUUGUCCCAAUACUUUUGGUCCCCUAAAAUGGGGGGACUAUAUACAAAAAGUGCCUUAAACUUAAGGCUGACAGUCAGCACUUUAACCUCAUAGUAAUUAUAUACAGUAAUUUCAGUGCUGGAGUAGUAAGUCGCUCUGGAUAAGAGCGUCUGCUAAAUGACUAAAAUGUAAAAUGUAAAUGAGUAGAGUCAUAACAACAAAGAAUCUGUCACUGUCCCGGUACUUUUGGAGCUCACUGUAUGUGAUUGCAUCUCAAUUAAUUGAAGCAAUGAAAUGAUUGUUAUUUUCAAAUACAAUCUCUUUUUGGGCUUACUUGUGGUUCAUUUGCCGUGUUCAAAUGAUUAUAAUUAUGUUCCAGCCUCCCGACCUGCCGCUCUGAUAAAAAUCAGCCCGCAGCUGAAUCUUGUUGCCUACCCCUGCCCUAGAGGGUUGUGACUGUCCUUCCCCAACACCCACCACUCAAAGCUACUUCUUUCCAAACGGCCUAUUACAGCACAACUAUACCUCCACUCCCCCUAUAUACACACACACACUCCAAAAGCUAGAGUCACCUGCCAAAAGCCAUAAACGGACUUAAAAGGGGACCAUUGUUCAUUCUGAGAGAGGAAUUGCUGCUUUUCUUCAGUUAACCCCAGAUGCUGGCACAUACAUCUGACACUGUCCCAGACCCUUUAUCUUCUCCAAAAAGCUCAAAAACAUACAUCUCUCCUCUUGGCUUUCUUAGAAGGAGCCUCAGGAAUGUAUAUGGAGCUCAGUAGGGGGAGAAUGAUCCAAAAUUGCUGUAUAUCACAGUUUGGGCCUUGAAGGCACAUUGUAUCAUUGUGGAAAGUGGGUUAAACUGCUGCUGCUGAUCUGUCCCAAAUGCCCCCUAUUCCCUGUGUAGUGCGCUACUUUGGCCUCAUUGGACUCUGGUCAAAGUAGUGCACUAUAUAAGGAAUAAGGCCAUUUGGGAUGCUCACUACAUCUGUUCACGCAACACUGUAAUGCAAUGCGUCAAGGAAGUGAAAUGCUAUAGCCAACACAUAGUAUCAGGGUGAUGUUUAGUAACUUCACCCUCGUGUUAUUCUAUCCAAACCUCACUGUCAAAGGUAAUGUUAUCUAUCUAACACACCAUCUGUCUCUGUGUACUGGUGUAACGCUAAAUCAGUGUGCGUCUGUGCGUCUGUCUCUUUGUCUGUGUGUGUGUGUGUGUGUGUCAAUCUGAUGCAUUUCUCCUUCCCACAGUGUGUAAAUUCAAGGCCCACAAACGUUGUGCUGUCCGAGCCACUAACAACUGCAAGUGGACUACUCUGGCAUCCAUUGGGAAGGACAUCAUCGAAGAUGAGGAUGGGGUGAGUGCUAAUCUUGGGUCAGUUUUGCAUCUUCCCCACUAAUGGUUGAGGUUAGGAUUGGGGGAGGGAAAGCUGAUCCUAGAUCUGUACCUAGGGGAAACUUCACCCCGGAGCUGUGUGAGGGCUCCUCAAAAAUGGGGUUACUGUUCAGAGAUGUCCCCUGUACCCCUGCUAGAGAGGAUUGCAGUACAGCUGGUUUAUUAAACAUAAUUGUACAUUAUGCAAAAGCAUACAUAAAAUAAAAUGUUAGUUUUAUGAAGACAUAUUGUGCAACCUACACAUUUACACUGAACAAUAAUAUAAGCGCAACAUGUAAAGUGUUAGUCCCCUAUUUCAUGAGCUAAAAUAAAAGAUCCCAGAAAUGUUCCAAAGCGUAUUUCUCUCAAAUUUUUGCCACAUAUUUCUUUCCGCCCCUGUUAGUGAGCAUUCACCUGACAGGUGUGGCCAAUCAAGAAGCUGAUUAAACAGCAUGAUCAUUACACAGGUCCACCAGGCCACUUUAAAAUGUGCAGUUUUGUCAAACAACACAAUGCCACAGAUGUCUCAAGUUUUGAGGGAGCGUACAAUUGGCAUGCUGACUGCAGGAAUGUCCACCAGAGCUGUUGCCAAAUAAUUUAAUGUUAAUUUCUCUACCAUAAGCCACCUGAAUCCCAGUUUCAACAGUACCGGCAGAUGGCAGAUAGCGUGUAUGGUUUCUUGUGGGCGAGCGGUUUGCUGAUGUCACCGUUGUGAACAGUUUGCCCCAUGGUGGCGGUGGGGGUAUGGGCAGGCAUAAGCUAUGGACAACGAACACAAUUGCAUUUUAUGGAUGGCAAUUUGAAUGCACAGAGAUACCAUGACGAGAUCCUGAGGCCAAUUGUCGUGCCAUUCAUCCGCCGUCAUCACCUCAUGUUUCAGCAUGAUAAUGCACUGCCCCAUGUCGCAAGGAUCUGUACACAAUUCCUGGAAGCUGAAAAUGUCCCAGUUCUUCCAUGGCCUGCAUACUCAUCAGACAUGUCACCCAUUGAGCAUGUUUGGGAUGCUCUGGAUCGACGUGUACGAAAGCAUGUUACAGUUCCCGCCAAUAUCCAGCAACUUCGCACAGCCAACUUCCACAGGCCACAAUCAACAGUCUGAUCAACUCUAUGAGAAGGAGAUGUUGCGCUGCAUGAGGCAAAUGGUGGUCACACCAGAUACUGACUGGUUUUAUGAUCCACAACCCUACUUUUUGUUUUUUAAGGGAUCUGUGACCAACAGAUGCAUGUCUGUAUUCCCAGUCAUGUGAAAUCCAUAGAUUAGGGUCUAAUGAAUUUAUUUCAAUUUACUGAUUUCAUUAUAUGAACUGUAACUCAGUAAAAUCUUUGAAAUUGUUGCAUGUUGCGUUUAUAAUUUGUUGUCUAUGGGCAAAGGAUGGUUGCCCUCUCUCAGUGGUGUAAAGUACUUAAGUAAAAAUACUUUAAAGUUCUACUUAAGUAGUUUUUUUACUUGACUAUUUAUAUUUUGGACUACUUUUACUUCACUACAUUCCUAAAGAAAAUAAUGUACUUUUUACUCCAUACGUUUUUCCCGACACCCAAAAGUACUCGUUACAUUUUCAAUGCUUAGCAGGACAGGAAAAUGGUCCAAUUCAAUCACUUAUCAAGAGAACAUCCCUGGUCAUACCUACUGCCUCUGAUCUGGAGGACUCACUAAACACAAAUGCUUUGUUUGUAAAUUAUGUCUGCAUGUUGUAGUGUGCCCCUGGCUAUCUGUAAAUUUAAAAAUAUAUAUAUAUACAGUGGGGGAAAAAAGUAUUUAGUCAGCCACCAAUUGUGCAAGUUCUCCCACUUAAAAAGAUGAGAGAGGCCUGUAAUUUUCAUCAUAGGUACACGUCAACUAUGACAGACAAAAUGAGAAAAGAAAAUCCAGAAAAUCACAUUGUAGGAUUUUUAAUGAAUUUAUUUGCAAAUUAUGGUGGAAAAUAAGUAUUUGGUCAAUAACAAAAGUUUCUCAAUACUUUGUUAUAUACCCUUUGUUGGCAAUGACACAGGUCAAACGUUUUCUGUAAGUCUUCACGAGGUUUUCACAUACUGUUGCUGGUAUUUUGGCCCAUUCCUCCAAGCAGAUCUCCUCUAGAGCAGUGAUGUUUUGGGGCUGUCGCUGGGCAACACGGACUUUCAACUCCCUCCAAAGAUUUUCUAUGGGGUUGAGAUCUGGAGACUGGCUAGGCCACUCCAGGACCUUGAAAUGCUUCUUACGAAGCCACUCCUUCGUUGCCCGGGCGGUGUGUUUGGGAUCAUUGUCAUGCCGAAAGACCCAGCCACGUUUCAUCUUCAAUGCCCUUGCUGAUGGAAGGAGGUUUUCACUCAAAAUCUAACGAUACAUGGCCCCAUUCAUUCUUUCCUUUACACGGAUCAGUCGUCCUGGUCCCUUUGCAGAAAAACAGCCCCAAAGCAUGAUGUUUCCACCCCCAUGCUUCACAGUAGGUAUGGUGUUCUUUGGAUGCAACUCAGCAUUCUUUGUCCUCCAAACACAACGAGUUGAGUUUUUACCAAAAAGUUAUAUUUUGGUUUCAUCUGACCAUAUGACAUUCUCCCAAUCCUCUUCUGGAUCAUCCAAAUGCACUCUAGCAUUACUGGCUUAAGCAGGGGGACACGUCUGGCACUGCAGGAUUUGAGUCCCUAGCGGCGUAGUGUGUUACUGAUGGUAGGCUUUGUUACUUUGGUCCCAGCUCUCUGCAGGUCAUUCACUAGGUCCCCCUGUGUGGUUCUGGGAUUUUUGCUCACCGUUCUUGUGAUCAUUUUGACCCGACGGGGUGAGAUCUUGCGUGAAGCCCCAGAUCGAGGGAGAUUAUCAGUGGUCUUGUAUGUCUUCCAUUUCCUAAUAAUUGCUCCCACAGUUGAUUUCUUCAAACCAAGCUGCUUACCUAUUGCAGAUUCAGUCUUCCCAGCCUGGUGCAGGUCUACAAUUUUGUUUCUGGUGUCCUUUGACAGCUCUUUGGUCUUGGCCAUAGUGGAGUUUGGAGUGUGACUGUUUGAGGUUGUGGACAGUUGUCUUUUAUACUGAUAACAAGUUCAAACAGGUGCCAUUAAUACAGGUAACGAGUGGAGGACAGAGGAGCCUCUUAAAGAAGAAGUUACAGGUCUGUGAGAGCCAGAAAUCUUGCUUGUUUGUAGGUGACCAAAUACUUAUUUUCCAUCAUAAUUUGCAAAUAAAUUCAUAAAAAAUCCUACAAUGUGAUUUUCUGGAUUUUCUUUCCUCAAUUUGUCUGUCAUAGUUGACGUGUACCUAUGAUGAAAAUUACAGGCCUCUCUCAUCUUUUUAAGUGGGAGAACUUGCACAAUUGGUGGCUGACUAAAUACUUUUUUUCCCCACUGUAUAUUUAUACUUUUACUUUUGAUACUUGAAUAUAUUUUUGCAAUUAAAUGUACUUUUGAUACUUAAGUAUAUUUAAAACCAAAUACUUUUAGACUUUUACUCAAGUAGUAUUUUUCUGGGUGACUUUCACUUUUACUUGAGUCAUUUUCUAAGGUAUCUUUACAUUUACUCAAGUAUGACAAUUGAGUACUUUUUCCACCACUGCCCUCUCUCUAUCUCCCCUUUUCUCCCUCUUUCUCGUUCUGUCUCUCUCUCUCAAUUCAAUUCUAAAAGCUUUAUUGGCAUGAAAAGUGUAACCACAUAGUGUUGCCAAAGCAAACAUAUAGAAACAUUUUAAGUCAAUGAUGACAGAAAUAAAUACUUGCUGAAUAUAACAGUGACUUCUCCCUCACUGUAGAUCUCUAUGCCUCACCAGUGGCUGGAGGGCAACCUGCCGGUCAGUGCUAAGUGUACAGUGUGUGACAAGACGUGUGGCAGUGUGCUCCGACUGCAGGAUUGGCGCUGCCUCUGGUGCAAGGCCAUGGUGAGUCUGCAUCCGUGUGCAUGCGUAUUUGGGUGGUGCUUCUUUGGGGAUAUUUUUGAGGGUUAAGUGUGAAUCGGAUAAGUGCAAACUGCAUUACUAUACUUUUCAGCUGCCACAAUACAGUAGAACUUUUUUUUCUGCAUGCACUGACUUUUGAUACAUUCACAAAAGUCACAAGGCCAUUGUACAUAUCAGGGUGUUGACUGUAUAUACUUGUCGUAAUGCUCUGUGUAGUGUGACUAAAAAGAAAGUGUGUGUGUGUGUGUCGAUGUCCAGGUGCACACGGUGUGUAAGGAGCAGCUGUCCAGUAAGUGUCCCUUGGGGCAGUGUAAGGUGUCGGUCAUCCCCCCCACAGCCCUCAACAGCAUCGACUCCGACGGUGAGUUCUCUCCGGGGUCAAGUUUCCCCUAGGUACAGAUCUAGGAUCAGCUUUCCAUCUCCCAAUCCUAACCUUAACCAUUACUGUGGAAAAUGCUAAACUGAGCCAAGAUCAGGGGCAACUUCACUUUACACCUGUGUUUGUGGGUGAACAGGACAUAUAGGGAUGUCUACAUGACCGGCCAGGGUAGUGUUCAUUAGGCCUAGGGUUGCAAAAUUCUAAACUUUCCAAAAAUUCCCAGGUUUUCCAGAAAUCCCGGUUGGAAGACUCCCGGAAUCAGAAGGGAAUAAGCACGAAAUUCCUAAUUUUUCACACAAACAAAUAGCUAAACCUGGACAUUUCUGGAAGGUUAACGUAGAAAAACGCUUUAAAAUAAGCUCUUUCUUAUUAGAUGUUAGGGGCUGGUUUCCCAGAUUAGAUUAAGUUUAGUCCUGAACUAAAAAGCAUUCUCCAUUCAUCUGUGUCCGGGAAAUCGACCCUAGAAGUUCAGGUGUGUGCCGGAGUCUGGUAUAGCGGUGAAAGCUCCCGACUCCGGACCUUGUUUACCCUCCUGGCAAUGGGGUUUUGAAGCUGUUCCUGUCUGUGAUCCUCUAUGUGCCGGUCAUUGGUCCUCAUCUGCCGGUAAUUGGUCCUCAUCUGCCUGUCAUUGGUCCUCAUCUGCCUGUUAUUGGUUCUCAUUGGUCCUCAUCUGCCUGUUAUUGGUCCUCAUUGUUCCUCAUCUGCCUCAUUGAUCCUCAGGAUUCUGGAAGGCCACCUGCCCUCCCUCCUGCACCAGCCCUCUCCUGGUGUUCGUCAACAGUAAGAGCGGAGACAACCAGGGCAUCAAGUUCCUGCGCCGCUUUAAACAGCUGCUCAACCCCGCCCAAGUCUUUGACCUCAUGAACGGGGGGCCGCACCUCGGGUGAGUCUGCCCUGUGUGCGUGCGUGCAUGCAUGCGUCUGACAUGGCUGUGUGUGUUUCCGACGGCACUGUGUGUAUUGCUGCUUGUCUUAGAGGGCUCUCUUCUGUGUCUCUCCUAGUUUGCGGCUCUUCCAGAAGUUCGACACGUUCCGGAUCCUGGUGUGUGGGGGCGACGGCAGCGUGGGCUGGGUCCUCUCUGAGAUCGACACUCUGACGCUGCACAAACAGGCAAGUUCACCCUCUCCAUCUGCACUGAGCUGAAAAUAAGCGUCCACUGACUCUUGGGCUCUUUCUCAAUUCGUGUUUCCUCGAUUACUCAUGUUCUUGGACAUCAGACUUUCUCAUCAAUGGGUUUUGGGAAGGAGGCGAGGAGCGGAAUCGGGGAAAGAUGAAUUGGGAAAAAGCAUUGGCUGCUCUCCCAUCAUCCCUAAGCAAGCCCUGAGCCUAGCAGGCAGCUCUGGCUACUGUGCCAGUUAGCCACUCUCAUGUUUCCCUUGUCCCUCUUUCAACAAUCUAGUAACAAAGAUACAGUUUUGUCACACUGCCUGCCUCUAUUAGAUAGAUAGACAGAUAAACAGACAGACGCUGCCCUCUGCUGGUUGUAAGGUACACACAGUCCUGGCUUUCCGGGCUCUGUGUUCACAUACAGUGGGGGAAAAAAGUAUUUAGUCAGCCACCAAUUGUGCAAGUUCUCCCACUGCUCUAGAGGAGAUCUGCAUGGAGGAAUGGGCCAAAAUACCAGCAACAGUGUGUGAAAACCUUGUGAAGACUUACAGAAAACGUUUGACCUGUGUCAUUGCCAACAAAGGGUAUAUAACAAAGUAUUGAGAAACUUUUGUUAUUGACCAAAUACUUAUUUUCCACCAUAAUUUGCAAAUAAAUUCAUAAAAAAUCCUACAAUGUGAUUUUCAGGAAAAAAAAAUCUCAUUUUGUCUGUCAUAGUUGACGUGUACCUAUGAUGAAAAUUACAGGCCUCUCUCAUCUUUUUAAGUGGGAGAACUUGCACAAUUGGUGGCUGACUAAAUACUUUUUUCCCCCACUGUAUAUUCGUUUUUCUCGAUUGCUUGAACACAUUUCUCGAAACAGGGUUCACAUUUGCAAAACAGUUACCUCAGCCCGCUAAACUGAAGUGCGUUUGCCAAAACAACACAUUUCUCUUUCGAAAUACACUAACACAAUCAACUUAAAAUACCUAUCACAAAAUAACUCUUAUCAAAACAGUAUCAUUUGUCGUUUAAUGAGAAGAGGACUUCUGCAACAUCUUAGAGCAUAUAAUACAUGUGACAAAACAAGCUGAAUCCAUCAAAACAGUGUCAUUUGUCAGUGAAUGAGUAGGUAAUUUCACCAUUCAAUAGAUAAUGGCUCAACAAAUACUACACUGAACAAAAAUAAACGCAACAUGUAAUGUGUUGGUCCCAUUUUUAAUUUUAAAAAAUCCAAAAAUGUUCCAUACGCACAAAAAGCUUAUUUCUAUAAAAUGUAGUACAAAAAUGUGUUUACAUCCCUAUUAGUGAGCAUUUCUCCUUAGCCAAGAUAAUCCAUCCACCUGACAGGUGUGGCAUAUCAAGAAGCUGAUUAAACAACAUGAUCAUUACACAGGUGCACCUUGUGCUGGGGACAAUAAAAGGCCACUAUAAGAGUUUUGUCACAACAUAAUGCCACAGAUGUCUCAGGUUUUGAGGGAGCGUGAAAUUGGCAUGCUGACUGCAGGAAUGUCCACCAGAGCUGUUGCCAGAGAAUUGAAUGUUCAUUUAUCGAUGGCAAUUUGAAUGCUCAUUUUUUUUACGGUAUCUGUGACCAACAGAUGCAUAUCUGUAUUCCCAGUCAUGUGAAAUCCAUAAAUUAGGGUCUAAUGAAUUUAUUUAAAUUGACUGAUUUCCUCAUAUGAACCGGAACUCAGUAAAAUCAAAGCAAUUGUUGCAUGUUCCGUUUAUAUUUUUGUUCAGUAUAUUAAUUGUGUUUUGUUUGGAGCGCUCCUGUCAAUGUUGAGUAAGGACGCAAACCUGAUUACGCAUAGAAGUAAGCCUAGGCUAGUCUGUUUCUACAUUCGUUGAGAAUGACAGUAGUUCCUCAAUGUAGCCUAUUUGAAUGUAGCCAGUGAUAACCACUGUGUGUGAAAGGGAAAACAAAUGUCAUGCUCUGAUCUGGUGGAAACAUCAUAAAAUACGCCUACCUGAUUACUUCUUAUCCCUUGCGCAAAUACAUUUACAUUACAUUUUAGUCAUUUAGCAGACGCUCUUAUCCAGAGCGACUUACAGUUAGUGAGUGAAUACAUUAUUUGUAUUUUUUUUAUACUUUCCCCCCGUGGUAAUCGAACCCACAACCCUGGCAUUGCAAACGCCAUGCUCUACCAACUGAGGUACAUCCCUGCCGGCCAUUCCCUCCCCUACCCUGGACGACGCUGGGCCAAUUGUGCGCCGCCCCAUGGGUCUCCCGGUCACGGCAGGCUACGACAGAGCCUGGAUUCGAACCAGGAUCUCUAGUGGCACAGCUAGCACUGCAAUGCAGUGCCUUAGACCAAAUAAAUAGCCUAUAGCUGUGUCCAGUGGUGGAAAAAGUACACAAUUGUCAUACUUGAGUAAAAGUAAAGAUACCUUAAUAGAAAAUGACUAAAGUGAAAGUCACCCAGUAAAAUACUACUUGAGUAAAAGUCUGAAAGUAUUUGUUUUGAAAUAUACUUAAGUAUCAAAAGUAAAUGUAAUUGCUAAAAUAUACUUAAGUAUCAAAAGUAAAAGUACAAAUCAUUUCAAAGUCCUUAUAUUAAGCAAACCAGAUGGUGCCAUUUUCAUGUUUUUUUAAUUUACGGAAAGCCAGGGGCACACUCCAACACUCAGACAUCAUUUACAAGCAUUUGUGUUUAGUGAGCCGCCAGAUUAGAGGCAGUAGGGAUGACCAGGGAUUUUCUCUUGAUAAUUGUGUGAAUUGGACCCUUUUCCUGUCCUGCUAAGCAUAAAAAAUGUAACGAGAACUUUUGGGUGUCAGGGAAAAUGUAUGGCAUAAAAAGUAAAUUAUUUUCUUUAGUAAUGUAGUGAAGUAAAAGUAAAAGUUGUCAAAAAUAUAAAUAGUAAAGUACAGAUACCCCAAAAAACGACUUAAGUAGUACUUUAAAGUAUUUUUACUUAAGUACUUUACACCACUGGCUGUGUCUGUCCGGAGCUCAGGGCACGGGAAAUCUCUGAGGGUCACACAACACAAUGCCACAGAUGUCUCAAGUUUUAAGGGAGCGAGAAAUUGGCAUGCUGACUGCAGGAAUGUCCACCAGAGCUGUUGCCAGAGAAUUUAAUGUUAAUUUCUCUACCAUAAGCUGCCUCCAACGUCAUUUUAGAGAAUUUGGCAGUACGUCCAACCGGCCUCACAACUGCAGACCACGUGUAACCACGCCAGCCCUCCAACAUCCGGCUUCUUCACCUGCAGGAUCGUCUGAGGGGGGGUGCUGAGGAGUAUUUAUGUCUGUAAUAAAGCCCUUUUGUGGGAAAAAACUCAUUCUGAUUGGCUGGGCCUGGCUCCCAAGUGGGUGGGCCUCUCCAAGGCCCACCCAUGACUACACCCCUGCCCAGUCAUGUGAAAACCAUAGAUUAGGGCCUAAUGAAUUUAUUUAAAUUGACUGAUUUCCUUAUAUGAACUGUAACUCAGUAAUCUUUGAAGUUGUUGCAUGUUGCGUUUAUUUUUGUUCAGUAUAAAUAUAACCAUCAAUAUGCAUUUCUAUGACAAAAACAAAAUGGUAGGAGUUACUAAUCAAAUGUUAUAUAAGUGAGCUGUAUUUGUGUUUUCUGAAUUAGGAUUAAAUGGGGGAGAACGGGGUUAAAUGUAACGGGGGUCAGUUGUAACAGGAUAAAUAACUUGUUGUUGUGUUGCAGUGCCAGCUGGGUGUUCUGCCCCUGGGGACAGGAAAUGACCUCGCCCGCGUCCUGGGCUGGGGCUCGGCCUGCGACGAUGACGCACAGCUGCCUCAAAUACUGGAGAAGCUUGAGAGGGCCAGCACCAAGAUGCUUGACAGGUAGGAGAGGGAGGGAGGGAGGGAAGGAGGAGAGAGGGAUGGAGGAAUGAGAAGAGUGAGAGGGAGGAGGUAGGGGAGGGAUAAGCUGUAGAGAGCCAGCACCAAGAUGCUCGACAGGUAGGUGAGGGAGAGGGAGGGUAGAGGAGUAUGGUGAGGAGGGAACGAGAGAGACUUAGGGAGGGAGGAGGAGAGAAGGAGGAGAACAGGGGGUGAGGGAAAUAUUCACCAAGAUGCUUGACAGGUGAGAGAGGGAUGAAGAGGGAGGAAGAGCAUGUAACUAACUGUUAAAAAGUCACCAUUAAAGGAACCAUAUGCAGAAAUCACUCCGCCAUUUCCUGGUUGUUAAAAUUCUAAUUUCAGUUUGUGACAAAACAGGCAUUGAUUGUGUAGAGAAUCAUUGUACCAUCUAAACCGCUGUGAAAUAUAUUUUCCAUAACCAAAAAUAUUGUAUUUUAAGCUCUUUGAAGCUGGUAUACAAAACCGAAAGUAAAAGACGUAAAAACGAAACUUAAGAAUGUGGGGACAUAGAAGAUAUACCGCUUCUUAGACAUGCUUUCAUUGACAAUGACAGAUCUAUAACUCAGAUUUCUAUGUGAAUUUGGUCAGGUCGGCCAAAAAGUUACAUAUUGUAGCUUUAAGACAGCUAUCAUUAGUCCUCCCAGCCCCUAAACUAUCCAUUGUUUUUAUUUCUUGUCCAGGUGGAGUAUUAUGGUAUACGAGACCAAGUUCCCGCGGCAACAUUCCAGCUCCAUGGUGACGGAGGAUUGCAGCGAUGACUCUGAGGUACCUGUCAAUGACAUAAAUUCCUGUUAUACACAUCCUGAUAGUUUUAGCUGAAUUUGAAUACAAUUGCAGUUACAUGCCAUUUAUGGAGUCGUCAGACACUUGUCUUCAGAUAUACAGUAUGUAGGCUACUGAGCUUGUCUGAUGCUUUAAGCACACUGUGAUUUAAAUAACGAAGACACACAAAUGACUCAAGAGGGAGCCAGAGAUCAAGAUAGCCUAACCAAAAUAAAAAAUAAAAACCUGUUCCCAAACCACCACCUCCUGCUGCUGCUGGCCUUCAGAGAUUCUGCCAUUACGCUCCUGAAGUUGCUGGAGUGCCAAUUAAAUGAAACUGUUCCACGAAAAUGUGCAUAUGAAAAUCAUAACUGGCACGCAGAUCAGUAGAAAUGGUAAGACACAUUUUGUUUUACCAUUUCUACCGAUCUGCGUGCCAGUUAUGACUUUCAUAUGCACACUUUCGUGGGACAGUUUCAUUUAUUUUAUAAUAAAGUCUUUGUAUCUCAAAAUCAUUGUCAUGUGGUUAAUAAAAAUUAUAUCUAAAUGAAAAUUAUACAAAUCUAAAUGUAACAUCUAUUGCCAUUGCCAACUAUGUAAAAAUAGCCUACAUAAAGCCAACAAAUAAAAACAUUGCAGCCUGCAGGUAGAAAAUAUCCUGAAUAAAAAUAACCGCAUGGCAAGGAUUUUAAAACAUUGUAUCAACUAUCAACUUGGUCCAGCCUGAAGCUUACCCUAACAAACUUGCAACAUUGUAUAAAAUAUCAGCCCUGAGCUCCUGACAGACACAGCUGUAGGCUAUUUAUUUGCGCAAAGGAUAAGAAGUAAUCAGGUAGGCGUAUUUUAUGAUGUUUCCACCAGAUCAGAGCAUUACAUUUGUUUUCCCUUUCACACAGAGUGGUUAUCGAAAUAUUUUUCAAAUAGGCUACAUUGAGGAGCUAUUGUCAUUCUCAAUGGAUGUAGAAACAGACUUUGUUUACUUGCUGUUUGAGGUGAAGAAAGAAUUACUAUAAGAAGCUCCACAGCUCAUUAGUGGUGGUGAGUUAAGACAAUCAGAAAUACUAUCAGAUCCCCAAAUGGGCACAUUUAUAAGGCUACAUUUGCGUGCAGGCCAGGUAGCCUAGGCUUACUUCUAUGCGUAAUCAGGUUUGCGUCCUUACUCAACAUUGACAGGAGCGCUCCAAACAAAACACAAUUAAUAUACUGAACAAAAAUAUAAAUGCAACAUGCAACAUUUUCAUUGAUUUUACUAAUUUACAGUUCAUAUGAGGAAAUCAAUCAAUUUAAAUAAAUUCAUUGGGCCCUAAUUUAUGAAUUUCACAUGACUGGGAAUACAGAUAUGCAACUGUUGGUCACAGAUGCUGUUGAAUCAGUUUAUUGAUAUGCCACACCUGUCAGGUGGAUGGAUUAUCUUGGCUAAGGAAGAAUGCUCACUAACAUGGAUGUAAACAAAUAUGUGCAAAGCAAUUUGAAAAAAAUAAGCUUUUUGUGCAUGUGGAACAUUUCUGGGAUCUUUUAUUUCAGCUCAUGAACAUGGCAACAACACUUUACAUGUUGCGUUUAUAUUUUUGUUCAGUGUAAAUUAACAACUCGUAAAUGGAAUGACAUUUUCCAAAACUUGUUUCUCACAAGUGUAGCCUAGAUUGUGCACUCUGUAAACAACGUGUCCACUCUGACAAUGAGAACAGUAAAAUACUAAUAAUAAUAUAUUGAAUGCAUUAACAGAAAUUAUGGUAACCAAACAAACAUUGUAGAUUAGAAAUUAACGGUAAAUGUACUACUGGUGAUACUGGUGUGCCUCCACAAUGUCACCUUGGAGAGUGAUGUCUGGUCACAUGGUAUGUUGAAUGCUGAACGAGAGACCUUGGUUUAUUGUUUUUAUCAAGUUGUGACAGUGGUUCCUUGCAAAGUUUGAUUUUUAUACUUUUUGAGUUUGGAUCCCGCAACUCUGUUAGUCUCAGUUGCUGUGACCGGUACUAUCUUCCCGAGAUCCUGCCAGACCAAAAAGUCUGAAGUUGUUUACCGAUGCUAGCUACUAGCCUAGCUGGUAGCUAUCAGUAUCAAACUAGCAGGGUUAUCCACAAGCAGCUUGAACACAGCCCGCGAUGCGGUUAGCCUUUGUGGCUGGGACCGCUGAGGUGUCCCACACUAAUUGUGGCUGUAUUCCCUGCUGCUUUUUCCCUGCAACCUGACCUGGCUGGAACUGCGUUGUAUAGCUACCAACGUUAGCUGAUGCUGCUACCAACAGUACGUGCAAAGACACUGCUUUCACAUAAAGACACAUAUUUCUGCUUUUUGGAUUUUGCAAUUUGUGUGAGCUCUUUUUGUUCACUUAGUUGAGAAUUCCAUAUAAAGAGAGAGACAUGGAAGCCCAGCUAGCCUAGCUGGCCGGCAGUAUCAAAUGGAGGUCGCUAUUGAACGUUUUCAACGCUGCAGGAGCUGUGUUUACUUUGCUUUAUUCCAGGACAAUGUUGACCACCCAGACUUUCAAUGUAGCAACUGUUUGCUUGCAGAGGACUACAGGGGCGAAGUGGCUACUCUUAGCAAACAAGUAGCAAACCUACACAAGCUACAGGGGAACCCACGCCUGCCUACUUUUUCUUUCUCGUCUACCCCAGUAGCCAGACGCCGCUCUGGUGUGGUGGAAGUUUCAACGCCUGGCCGGUACUCUGCAGGGAUCCCUCCUCGAAGGGGUCUCCCCCUUCCCUGGAGAAUGGAGCUAGUAGGAUGCUCAUGGAUGACUUGGGGGAUGUUCCUGUUCUCAACCCAACCAACCAGCCAUGGAGAUAUGUCACUCGUCGUGGAAGUCGAAGACAGUGUCCUCUGGCAAAGGGGGCCUCCUUGGAGAUGUUAAGCCCGGUCCAGGCACAGACCAGAAACGGCUUCGCCGUCCUGGAUUCAGAGGUUCCGGCGCCGCCUUCCCUAGGGGCUUCCGAUUCAAGAUCGGAUCCGGAGCUACUUGCGCCUUCGUCCUCUGUUCCGUCUCCCUCUCCGGUGGCUUCUACCUUGGGUUCAGAUCCUCAGAGCUCCCACCCUCAUCAGACCAUGAGGCUGCCUGAGACUCCGGCCCAUUCAUCAUCCACGAUGGAUACUACAGCUGGAUUUGGUCCAUCACCCUUCGGUCUUCGAGGCGUUUGCGAAACCACUUGAGGCGAAAGAACGUCCAGACCUCCUCAGCCAUUGCACCAGCUGUCGUCAUCGCCAUCUCUAUUGUAAGAAACAUCUUGGUUCCCGGAGCAUAAACCCUGUGCUAUCCUGGAGCACGAGUACAGGACAUUACAAGGCUGCUUCCGACCAUUUUGUUGUUGUUAUUCUGUCUCUCACUGUUCAUAUAAACCUACCAUUAAAAUUAUAGACUGAUCAUUUCUUUGUCAGUGGGCAAACGUACAAAAUCAGCAGGGGAUCAAAUACUUUUUUCCCUCACUGUAUGUAGUGGUAUAAUGAUGUACUGUUUUAUCUUUUGUUUUAUAAGUAAUGUAAGUGCCUUAAUGUGUUUGGACCACCAGUUGACUAAAUGGGGUCAGCCCUAAUAUUUACAGUGCAUUCGGAAAGUAUUCAGACCCUUUGACUUUUUCCACAUUUUGUUACGUUACAGGCUUUUUUUUACAGAAAUUUUUCUAAAUUCAUUCAAAAUAAAAAACAGAAAUCAAAUCAAAUUGUAUUUGUUACAUGUGCCGAAUACAACAGGUGUAGACCUUACUGUGAAAUGCUUACUUACAAGCCCUUAACCAACAAUGCUGGGGGGGGGGGUCAAUGCAAAUAGUCCGGGUAGCCAUUUCAUUAGCUGUUCAGCAGUCUUAUGGCUUGGGGGUAGAAGCUGUUAAGAAGCCUUUUGGACCUAGACUAGGCUCCGGUACCGCUUGCCGUGCGGUAGCAGAGAGAACAGUCUAUGACUAGGGUGACUGGAGUCUUUGCCAAUUUUUAGGGCCUUCCUCUGAUACCGCCUGGUAUAGAGGUCCUGGAUGGCAGGAAGUUUUCCCCCAGUGACGUACUGGGCCGUACGCACUACCCUCUGUAGCGCCUUGUGGUCGGAGGCCGAGCAGUUGCCAUACCAGGCGGUGAUGCAACCAGUCAGGAUUCUCUCUGGUGCAGCUGUAUAACUUUUUGAGGAUCUGAGGACCCAUUCCAAAUAUUUUCAGUCUCCUGAGGGGGACUAGGCAUUGUUGUGCCCUCUUCACAACGGUCUUGGUAUGUUUGGACCAUUACAUUUUAGUAAUUUGGACCAUGAUAGUUUGUUGGUGAUGUGGACACCAAGGAACUUCAAGCUCUCAACCUGUGUGUCUAGGGUUUCUGGGAUGAUGGUGUUGAUGUGAGCCAUGACCAGCCUUUCAAAGCUCUUCAUGGCUACAGACGUGAGUGCUACGGGUCGCUAGUCGUUUAGGCAGGUUACCUUAGUGUUCUUGGGCACGGGGACUAUGGUGGUCUGCUUGAAACAUGUAGGUAUUACAGACUCGGCCAGGGACAGGUUGAAAAUGUCAGUGAAGACACUUGCCAGUUGCUCGGAGUACACGUCCUGGUAAUCCGUCUGCGGCCUUGUGAAUGUUGACCUGUUUAAAGGUCUUACUCACAUCGGCUACGGCGAGCUUGAUCACACAGUCGUCCGGAACAGCUGGUGCUCUCAUGCAUGUUUCAGUGCUGCUUGCCUCAAAGCCUGCAUAUAAGUAAUUUAUCUAGUCUGGUAGGCUUUUGUUCCUGGGCAGCUCACGGCUGGGCUUCCCUUUGUAGUCCGUAAUAGUUUGCAAGCCUUGCCACAUCCGACGAGCGUCGGAGCUGGUGUAGUAGGAUUCAAUCUUAGUCCUGUAUUUACGCGUUGCCUGUUUGAUGGUUUGUCUGAGGGCAUAGCGGGAUUUCUUAUAAGCGGCCGGGUUAGAGUCCCGCUCCUUGAAAGCGGCAGCUCUACCCUUUAGCUCAGUGCAGAUGUUGCCUCUAAUCCAUGGCUUCUGGUUGGGGUAUUGACGUACGGUCACUGUGGGGACAAUGUCAUCGAUGCACUUAUUGAUGAAGCCGAUGACUGAUGUGGUAUACUCAAUGCCGAAGGUUCACCAUCCAUCAGGACAAUGACCCUAAGCACACAGCCAAGACAACACAGGAGUGUCUUCAGGACAAGUCUCUGAAUGUCCUUGAGUGGCCCAGACAGAGCCCGGACUUGAACCCGAUUUAACAUCUCUGGAGAGACCUGAAAAUAGCUGUGCAGCGACGCUCCCCAUCCAACCUGACAUAGCUUGAGAGGAUCUGCAGAGAAGAAUGAGAGAAACUCCCCAAAUACAGGUGUGCCAAGCUUGUAGCGUCAUACCCAAGAAGACUCGAGGCUGUAAUUGUUGCAAAAGGGGCUUCAACAAAGUACUGAGUAAAGGGUCUGAAUACUUAUGUAAAUGUGAUAUUUCAGUUUUUUUUUUGUAAUACAUUUGCAAAAAUGUAUAGAUCUGUUUUUGCUUUGACAUUAUGGGGCGUUGUGUGUAGAUUGAUGAGGGGGAAAAACAAUUUAAUCAAUUUUAGAAUAAGGCUGUAACGUAACAAAAUGUGGAAAAAGUCAAGCGAUCUGAAUACUUUCCGAAUGCUCUGUGUGAGGUGAUGCUGUGCAGUUUAAGACACAUUUCCUGAAGACUAGCCUGUUUUCGACCUUGAUUGUUACCUGUGCCACAGGUGCAACAGAUUCUGACCUACGAGGACUCUGUGGCAGCCCACUUGACCAAGAUCCUGACUUCAGAUCAGCACUCAGUGGUCAUCUCCUCAGCUAAGUAUGUUUGUCGCUUCAAUCAGUCUGCCUGCCUGCUAUGUCCAUUCCGUUUCUUAUGUCCAGCUUCACUAUCGCAAGGGUUGUUAGGUGUGGAUUUCGUUGACCUGACUGUGUGUGUGUGUUGUGCCUGUGUUUUGCAUUUUUGUAGGGUACUGUGUGAGACAGUGAAGGACUUUGUGGCUCGGGUGGGGAAGGCCUACGAGAAGAACAAGGAGAGCUCCGAGGAGUCAGAGGCUAUGGCCAAGAAGGUAAGCUGGGAGGAACCAUGGCUUUGUCCCAAUUAUCUCACCUUGUUGACAUCCCUUCACUGAUUUUAUGUAAAUGACUGGUAUUGGAAAUAUGGUGGAAACUCCCUCCAGCCAUGUUUGCACUAAUCCAGUGAAUCCGAUCUGUGUUGAUUGGUCGGUUGGUUGCAGUGUGGGGUUCUGAAGGAGAAGCUGGACUCGCUGCUGAAGACGCUCAACGAGGAGGCGCAGGCAUCUACUAUGAUGCCUGCCCCCCCCCCCACCAUCGCUGAGGAGCAGGAGGAGGGCGAGGGGGUUCUGGUGCCUUCGUCGCCCGCACCCGCUGCCCUCCCGUGCUCCCCCAGGCCCCUGACGGGUAUCUUUAAACCCAGGGAACAGCUGAUGCUGAGAGCCAACAGCCUGAAGAAAGCCAUCAGGCAGAUCAUUGAGCACACUGAGAAAGGUGAGAUGUGAUCUUCCUACCGCUACUUCUGUUCUAUAGAGUUCAUGGUUGGGGUCAAUUCAGGAAGUAAACUGAAUUUCCAAUUCAGACCUCCAUGAAAAGCAAUUAUGAAAAUUGGAAUUAGAAUUACAAUAAGGUUAUUUUUCCUGUAAGGGAACUUUUUGUCUGAUGUGGUAAAAAAAAAUAAACAAACAUAAAAACAUAGUAGACUACACUGAUCUACUUCACAUACUUGAUGUUUCACAUGUUACAUAAAAACAGGACAGACAAAACAUCAAAGCCAUGAGCAUUGCAACAGUAGAGCAGGACUCCUGGGUAACCUUGUAGCCAUGUCUCAGAUCAGGCUUGAUAGUUAUUGGAAUACGAAUUUCAGUUGACUUCCUGAAUUGAGUGAAGCGAAAUGGAAUGGAUGUACCCCAACCCUGAUAUAAUAUAGUUGCCAUCUAUCAUCUAUACUCAUCUUCUAUCAGCGGUGGACGAGCAGAAUGCCCAGACUCAGGAGGUGUUUGCUCUGGGGGUGGAGGAGGAGGGGGAGGAGGAGGAGGAGGAGGAAGAGCAGGACAAGCUGUCUCUGCAGUCGUCCUACAGCGGGAACGCCUGUAAAAGCACCAGGAGUCAUCCAAUCCGCAGAGGUCAGUCAUUGAACCCGGAGUCUCCUAACCUGGGUCAUGUUAAUUUGGUACCAAACGUAAGAAAACAGUUCGAACCAGGGAAGGACCACCUUUUAAAUUGUUUUUCGUUAUGUGCCCUAAUGAACACGGCCCAGAUGAAACUGAUCAUUUAAUUAAUGAUGCGUGCCCAUUUUUUCUUGAAGAUUAUCACUUAUAAAUGUGCGUUGUUUUUCAAAUGAGUGGGUCUUUAAUCAAGAUCCCAGUGUCUCAUGUCUUUCUGUGUCUCAUGUCUUUCUGUGUCUCAUGUCUUUCUGUGUCGCAUGUCUUUCUGUAUCUCUGUUUCAUCCUGUAGUGUCCAAGACUCCUUGUGAGAAGCUCAUCAGCAAAGGAAGCCUGUCACUGGGCAGCUCAGCGUCACUUCCUGCCCAGACAGGAAGUCGCGAGAACAUGCCGAUGCUCAACACCAAGAUCCUCUACCCAAGUAAGGGCACAAGUUCUCACCAGCUCUGUACCGAGGGCCCUCAGUUCCCAAAUCGACCCCGACCCCCUUGGACACUUGUGUACAUUGUAGUGCUGCGCGAUUAGUUCUUUUUGAGGUCGGUUCGAUUAUAAAAAACAAAUCACAAUUUUCAAUUUCAGUUUCGAUAUUUCUUUUUAAACAAAUGCACUAUGCAUUAUGUGAGUUAAAUGCUGUAACAACACAGAAUAAAACAAUUAAUUAAAGUCCUGGGACGGUAGUGACUGCCCAUUACUGCUUAUCACUAAAUAACGAUCAGUUAUUCACAUUACUUUACUUUAAUAAAAUAUUUCAGUUGUUGUGUAUAUAAUUUUUUUUUUAUUUGAUGACUUUAUUAUUUCAUUCCAAGUCAUCAUCUCAUCUCUAUAGAGCUGCUGCCUAUGCUGUCUGACAAAAUCACUAUUUUAGUAGUUCUUCAAAGUAAAUAAAGCAUACUUUUAGGACUGCUGAAUACCAACUAACAAUCACUUACAGUGAGGGAAAAAAGUAUUUGAUCCCCAGCUGAUUUUGUACGUUUGCCCACUGUCAAAGAAAUGAUCAGUCUAUCAUUUUAAUGGUAGGUUUAUUUGAACAGUGAGAGACAGAAUAACAACAACAAAAAUCCAGAAAAACGCAUGUCAAAAAUGUUAUAAAUUGAUUUGCAUUUUAAUGAGGGAAAUAAGUAUUUGACCCCCUCUCAAUCAGAAAGAUUUCUGGCUCCCAGGUGUCUUUUAUACAGGUAACGAGCUGAGAUUAGGAGCACACUCUUAAAGGGAGUGCUCCUAAUCUCAGCUUGUUACCUGUAUAAAAGACACCUGUCCACAGAAGCAAUCAAUCAAUCAGAUUCCAAACUCUCCACCAUGGCCAAGACCAAAGAGCUCUCCAAGGAUGUCAGGGACAAGAUUGUAGACCUACACAAGGCUGGAAUGGGCUACAAGACCAUCGCCAAGCAGCUUGGUGAGAAGGUGACAACAGUUGGUGCGAUUAUUCGCAAAUGGAAGAAACACAAAAGAACUGUCAAUCUCCCUCGGCCUGGGGCUCCAUGCAAGAUCUCACCUCGUGGAGUUGCAAUGAUCAUGAGAACGGUGAGGAAUCAGCCCAGAACUACACGGGAGGAUCUUGUCAAUGAUCUCAAGGCAGCUGGGACCAUAGUCACCAAGAAAACAAUUGGUAACACGCUACGCCGUGAAGGACUGAAAUCCUGCAGCGCCCACAAGGUCCACCUGCUCAAGAAAGCACAUAUACAGGGCCGUCUGAAGUUUGUCAAUGAACAUCUGAAUGAUUCAGAGGAGAACUGGGUGAAAGUGUUGUGGUCAGAUGAGACCAAAAUCGAGCUCUUUGGCAUCAACUCAACUUGCCGUGUUUGGAGGAGGAGGAAUGCUGCCUAUGACCCCAAGAACACCAUCCCCACCGUCAAACAUGGAGGUGGAAACAUUAUGCUUUGGGGGUGUUUUUCUGCUAAGGGGACAGGACAACUUCACCGCAUCAAAGGGACGAUGGACGGGGCCAUGUACCGUCAAAUCUUGGGUGAGAACCUCCUUCCCUCAGCCAGGGCAUUGAAAAUGGGUUGUGGAUGGGUAUUCCAGCAUGACAAUGACCCAAAACACACGGCCAAGGCAACAAAGGAGUGGCUCAAGAAGAAGCACAUUAAGGUCCUGGAGUGGCCUAGCCAGUCUCCAGACCUUAAUCCCAUAGAAAAUCUGUGGAGGGAGCUGAAGGUUCGAGUUGCCAAACGUCAGCCUCGAAACCUUAAUGACUUGGAGAAGAUCUGCAAAGAGGAGUGGGACUAAAUCCCUCCUGAGAUGUGUGCAAACCUGGUGGCCAACUACAAGAAACGUCUGACCUUUGUGAUUGCCAACAAGGGUUUUGCCACCAAGUACUAAGUCAUGUUUUGCAGAGGGGUCAAAUACUUAUUUCCCUCAUUAAAAUGCAAAUCAAUUUAUAACAUUUUUAACAUGCUUUUUUCUGGAUUAUUUUUUUGUUAUUCUGUCUCUCACUGUUCAAAUAAACCUACCAUUAAAAUUAUAGACUGAUCAUUUCUUUGUCAGUGGGCAAACAUACAAAAUCAGCAGGGGAUCAAAUACUUUUUUCCCUCACUGUAGAUCAUGUAUUUUCAGGUAGAGAUACCUGGCGAAGAAACUGCUCUCUAUGUAUCCCCUCUUGAUCCGCAUUUUUCUGUCCCUUACGUAGCAGGCGUAAAAGAAACACAGACCGGUCAUUGUAGUUAGUUUAGCAUAGAAAACUUGAUAAUUAUGUUGAACAUUGGCCUGUUGGAAACUACAACUGCCUACUACAUGGCACAGUUUGGGCAUGAUCUGAUUCAUCUCUAGAGAAACUGCAGCGCAAUGUGCGCAUUGAGCUCGCAGAGAAAACCAGAAUGAAAUGGAAUUCAAAUAAUUGAACCAAUAUUGGCCAUAUAGUUGUUUAAAAAACGAAAAAUAACCAACAUUUUGGUUAAUCGCUCAGCACUAGUACACCGGAAAUAAUUGACACCUAUUUGUAACAAUAUUAGACAUUAUAUUCCUGUGAUAUACACUACGAGUCAAAAGUUUGGACACACCUACUCAUUCAAGGGUUUUUAUUUAUUUUUACUAUUUUUUAUAUUGUAGAAUAAUAGUGAACACAUCAAAACUAUGAAAUAACACAUAUGGAAUCAUGUAGUAACCAAAAAAGAGUUAUUCAAAUAGCCACCCUUUGCCUUGAUGACAGCUUUGCACACUCUUGGCAUUCGCUCAACCAGCUUCAUGAGGUAGUCACCUGGAAUGCAUUUCAAUUAACAGGUGUGCCUUCUUAAAAGUUAAUUUUUGGAAUUUCUUUCCUUCUUAAUGCGUUUGAGCCAAUCAGUUGUGUUGUGACAAGGUAGGGGGGUAUACAGAAGAUAGCCCUAUUUCGUAAAAGACCAAGUCCAUAUUAUGGCAAGAAAACCUCAAAUAAGCAAAGAGAAACGACAGUCCAUCAUUACUUUAAGACAUGAAGGUCAGUCAAUCCGGAAAAGUUCAAGAACUUUGAAAGUUUCUUCAAGUGCAGUCGCAAAAACCAUCAAGCGCUAUGAUAAAACGGGCUCUCAUGAGGACCGCCACAGGAAUGGAAGACCCAGAUUUACCUCUGCUGCAGGAUAAGUUCAUUAGAAUUACCAGCCUCAGAAAUUGCAGCCCAAAUAAAUGAACAGAGUUCAAGUCAGACACAUCUCAACAUCAACUGUUCAGAGGGGACUGUGUGAAUCAGGCCUUCGUGGUUGAAUUGCUGCGAAGAAACCACUACUAAAGGACACCAAUAUGAAGAAGAGACCUGCUUGGGCCAAGAAACACGAGCAAUGGACAUUAGACCGGUGGAAAUGUGUCCUUUGGUCUGGAGUCCAAAUUUGAUAUUUUUGGUUCCAACGGGGCCGUGUCUUUGUGAGACGCGGUGUGGGUGAACGGAGGAUCUCUGCAUGUGUAGUUCCCAUCGUAAAGCAUGGAGGAGGAGGUGUUAUGGUGUGGGGGUGCUUUGCUGGUGACACUGUCUGUGAUUUAUUUAGAAUUCAAGGCACACUUAACCAGCAUGGAUACCACAGGAUUCUGCAGUGAUACGCCAUCCCAUCUGGUUUGGGGUUAGUGGGACUAUCAUUUGUUUUUCAACAGGACAAUGACCCAACACACCUCCAGGCUGUGUAAGGGCUAUUUUACCAAGAAGGAGAGUGAUGGAGUGCUGCAUCAGAUGACCUGGCCUCCACAAUCCCCCGACCUCAACCCAAUUGAGAUGGUUUGGGAUGAGUCGGACGGCAGAGUGAAGGAGAAGCAGCCAACAAGUGCUCAGCAUAUGUGGGAACUCCUUCAAGACUGUUGGAAAAGCAUUCCAGGUGAAGCUGGUUGAGAUAAUGCCAAGAGUGUGCAAAGCUGUCAUCAAGGCAAAGGGUGGCUAUUUGUAGAAUCUCAAAUAUAAAAUAUAUUUUGCUUUGUUUAACACUUUUGGUUACUACAUUAUUCCAUAUGUGUUAUUUCAUAGUUUUGAUGUAUUCACUAUUAUUCUACAAUGUAGAAAAUAGUAAAAAUAAAUAAAAACCCUUGAAUGAGUAGGUGUGUCCAAACUUUUGACUGGUACUGUAAUUUUGCUCUGUCUGUGCUCAAUUGUCAGUCAGUGUUAAGUGUGUGUGUGUUUAUGUGUGUGUUCAGGUCUCAGGGCUGGUAUCUCUGGCUCCCUCUCCAGCAGUUCGGUCAUCAGCAGACUGCUGGUCAACGCUGACUCCUUCAGCUUCGACCCAGAGACCUUGUGAGUGUCCACGUUUCAGUCUUUCUCCUCCUUCCCAUAAAGGGUUAGUUAACUUUUUAGGUUUUAGCUGAUUUUCAACUUACCUUUGGUGUUGUAAUUUCAUCCAAACCGUUUGUAGGUUUGUUAGCUGGUUAUUAAACAACGUCCAGAAUUUCCUGACCAGCGUCUUUGGAGCAUGGAGCAAUGCUAGUGGACACGGAUUGAAGUAGCUAGUGGUAUAUUAAAAAGCAUGGGAAAGAGCUCUGCCUUCCUCUUUCAAUGUCCCUGCUUUCCCCAUGCGUUUGAAGUGAACGAUCCCGUUAUGCCCAACCUCAUCGUCAUCAUCUAACUUUUGAGCCAGAGUUGUGAGUGACCAUGUACUGUGUUUGGUUUCAGUGACUGCUACACUGAGAAAUGUGUGAUGAACAACUACUUUGGGAUCGGCCUGGAUGCUAAGAUCUCACUGGACUUCAACAAUAAGCGGGACGAGCAUCCAGAGAAGUGCAGGUAACUGAGGAAUGAGGCGGAAGCUCUCGCCUGCUAACUAAACCAGGUAGACCCAGUCCUGGAUAGGGUGAGAAGCAGAGAUGGAGUCUUGAUCUCGUGGUCUUUGUCUUGAGACCACAUAAAUACAGUGUUGGUCUGGUCAUGGUCUCAAUACACAGGGUCUUGAUAGAUUGGGUCUGGGUCUCAAUAGAUUGGGUCUGGGUCUCAAGUGGUCUAGUCUGGGUCAGUGUAAAACUGUAAAACAGACCAAACAGUUUAGAAAUUAACUUUUGGGAUUGGAAAAACACUUUGUGUAAACUUAAACGACAAAAAUUAAAUAGAAAGUAGAAAAUAUUAUGUAAAUAACAAUCACCAAAGUAAAACCAGUCAGGGAGAAUCGAAAAUUCAAAAAACAAUUAAUUCAGGAAUAUUUGUCUGACCGGGCAAGAAGGGCACACCGAUUGGGGCCCACUUUGAUUUUCUUAUAAUGUUUGAGCAUAAGAACACUGCGUUAGCCAAGGCAAAAUGCGCUGAACUGUAGGAAAUUAGUCCGAAAUCAGUCCCAUGUCUUCGCAAAAUGUCUGUAUUGCCGCAGGAAAAUCAAAGCAAAAUAAAGAAACCCCCAAAAUCCUGGAGAGACUGUUUAUAGCUCAGACACACCGCAAAGACCAACGGCUAAAAGCAGUGAGUGGCCGCGACAUGUUAGCUUUUACCUGCUUUUACCUUCGUCCUCACAGUGUGUUUUGUCCUUUAGAAUAGCAAUGUCUUCCAUUUCUGUGCCACUGCUCUCCACAAAGAGCCUAACGUUUCUUUGUCGAACAUAAAGUACAUUUCUUUGUGUUUUGUGUUUUGGUUCUAUGUAUAUGUAUGUGUGUGCUCGGUCACUGUGUUAAGAUGUGGGUCGGUCUGUGUUCAGGAGUCGCACCAAGAACAUGAUGUGGUACGGGGUUCUGGGCACCAAGGAGCUGCUGCAUCGCACCUACAAGAACCUAGAGCAGAAGGUACUGCUGGAGGUAAGAAAACACAACAGUAACCAAGUGGGUGCAACUAAGGGUAUGGCCAUUUUGAGAUUUUGUCUGAAUAUCCCGGAUGGAGCCAAUGGUUUUUCAAUGGCUGUCAUCCGUUGCUGGAUGAAUGACAACAGAGAUUAGUUAAAAUUGUCCAACAAAAAACUUGUCAGACAAAGAACAAUAUAUCCGCCUUUGUACGUGUGCAACUCAUUCGGAAAAAAAGCAGAGAUGCGUUAAACUUUCGACAGACAAAAAAAACGGACAAUGAUGUACGUCAUAUAUUUUACGUGUCAUGCGCCUCAGUGUGCCGUACCCUAAAGAGACAUCCCAUAAAUCUAACCCUGACCCUAAGGGGCAAUCUGGGAUUGGCACAUCCGUUUUUGGACUUUUCGAUUAAUGUCUGGUGUUGUGAUUGUGGGAGUUUGUAUCAGAGCAUAUGCAGACAGUUUUGUUCUGUUACAAUAUGAUAAUAUGUGUGUUUAGUGCGACGGGAGGUCUAUCCCCCUACCCAGUCUGCAGGGCAUAGCUGUCCUGAACAUCCCCAGCUACGCAGGCGGCACCAACUUCUGGGGCGGGACCAAAGAGGAUGAUGUAAGUGUCAUCAAAACCCUCUCUUUGUGUUGUUGUUGCAUAACUACAAUAUGACUCAGUACUCACAUGUUUCUUCCACAUUUUUGUUUUUAAUGUUUUAAGCAUCUUUGGGUCUUUGUAAAGUGCUAUGUAAAUCACAAGUAUUAUUAAUAUUUGUAUAAUAAUGAUAAUUAUUAUUUAACCCCUUCCCUCUACAAAACCAGAAUACACCCAGCACAAAUCUAACCCACAUCACAUCAAUCCCCCCAGUCAGCGUUGUGUUUAUGUGUGACUAACCACAUAUGAGAUAUACUCUGAGUGUACAAAACAUUAGGAACACAUGCUCUUUCCAUGACAUAGACUGACCAGGUGAAUCCAGAUGAAAGCUAUGAUCCCUUAUUGAUGUCAUAGAUGAAGGGGAGGAGACGGGUUAAAAAAUUAUUUUUAAGCCUUGAGACAUGGAUUGUGUAUGUGUGCCAUUCAGAGGGUGAAUGGGCAAGACAAAAUAUUUAAGUGCCUUUGAACGGGGUGUGGUAGUAGGUGUCAGGCGCACCGGUUUGAGGGUGUCAUGAACUGCAAUGCUGCUGGGUUUCUCACGCUCAACAGUUUUCCGUGUGUAUCAAGAAUGGUCCACCACCCAAAGGACAUCCAGCCAACUUGACACAACUAUGGGAGGCAUUGGAGACAACAUGGGCCAGCAUCUCUGUGGAACGCUUUCGACACCUUGUAGAGUUCAUGCCCUGAUGAAUUGAGGCUGUUCUGAGGACAAAAGGGGGUGUAACUCAAUAUUAGGAAGGUGUUCCUAAUGUUUUGUACACUCAGUGUACAGUGUACAAUGCACAACAUAUACAGUGCAUUCGGAAAGUAUUCAGACCCCUUGACUUUUUCCACAUUUUGUUACGUUAAAGCCUUAUUCUGAAAUGGAUAAAACAAAUUUUUUAAAGUAUUCCUCAUCAAUCUACACACAAUACCCCAUAAUGACAAAGCAAAAAACAAUUUUUGUGAAAUUUUUGCUAAUGUAUUAAAAAUAAGUAUUGAGACCCUUUACUCAGUACUUUGUUGAAGCACCUUUGGCAGGGAUUACAGCCUCGAGUCUUCUUGGGUAUGACGCUACGAGCUUGGCACCUGUAUUUGGGGAGUUUCUCCCAUUCUACUCUGCAGAUCCUCUCAACCUCUGUCAGGUUGGAUGGGGAGCGUCGCUGCACAGAUAUUUUCAGGUCUCUCCAGAGAUGUUCGAUCGGGUACAAGUCCGGGCUCUGUCUGGGCCACUCAAGGACAUUCAGAGACUUGUCCCGAAGCCACUCCUGCAUUGUCUUGGCUGUGUGCUUAGGGUUGUUGUCCUGUUGGAAGGUGAACCUUCACCCCAGUCUGAGGUCCUGAGCGCUCUGGAGCAGGUUUUCAUCAAGGAUCUCUCUGUACUUUGCUCUUUUCAUCUUUCCCUCGAUCCUGGCUAGUCUCCCAGUCCCUGCCAUUGAAAAACAUUCCCACAGCAUGAUGCUGUCACCACCAUGCUUCACCGUAGGGAUGGUGCCAUGUUUCCUCGAGACAUGAUGCUUGGCAUUCAGGCCAAAUAUUUCAAUCUUGGUUUCAUCAGGCCAGAUAAUCUUGUUGCUCAUGGUCUGAGAGUCCUUUAGGUGCCUUUUGGCAAACUCUAAGCGGGAUGUCAUGUGCCUUUAACUGAGGAGUGGCUUCUGUCUGGCCACUCUACCAUAAAGGCCUGAUUGGAGGAGUGCUGCAGAGACGGUUGUCCUUCUGGAAGGGUCUCCCAUCUCCACAGAGGAACUCUGGAGCUCUGUCAGAGUGACCAUCAGGUUCUUGGUCACCUCCCUGACCAAGGUCCUUCUUCCCCGAUUGCUCAGUUUGGCUGGGCGGCCAGCUCUAAGAAGAGUCUUGGUGGUUCCAAACUUCUUCCAUUUAAGAAUGCAGGGGGCCACUGUGUUCUUGGGCACCUUCAAUGCUGCAGACAUUUUUUGGGACCCUUCCCCAGAUCUGUGCUUCUUCACAAUCCUGUCUCUGAGCUCCACGAACAAUUCCUUUGACCUCAUGGCUUAGUGUUUGCUCUGACAUGCACUGUCAACUGUGGGACAUUAUAUAGACAGGUGUGUGCCUUUCCAAAUCAUGUCCUAUCAAUUGUAUUUACCACAGGUGGACUCCAAUCAAGUUGUAGAAACAGCUCAAGGAUUAUCAAUGGAAACAGGAUGCACAUGAGCUCAAUUUCAAGUCUCAUAGCAAAGGGUCUGAAUACUUACGUAAAUCAGGUAUUUUAUUUGUUAUUUGUAUUUUUUUUUUAAUUUGCUAACAUUUCUAAAAACCUGUUUUCGCUUUGUCAUCAUGGGGUAUUGUGUGUAGAUUGAUGAGGAUUCUUAUUUUUUUAAAUCCAUUUUAGAAUUAAGGCUGUAACGUAACAAAAUGUGGAAAAGUCAACGGUUCUGGAUACUUUCCUAAUUCACUGUAUGUUCACACCCCCUGACUUUUGAAAAAUGUUGUGUUAUAGCCUGAAUUUAAAAUGGAUUAAAUUGCGAUUUUUUUUGUCACUGGACUACACACAAUACCCCAUAAUUUGAAAGUGGAAUUGUGUUUUUCAAAAUGUUUACAAAUUAAUAAAAAUAAAAAAGCUGAAAUAUCUUACGUCAAUAAGUAUUCAACCCCUUUGUUAUGGCAAGCCUAAAUAAGUUCAAGAGUAAAACUUUGCUUAACAAGUCACAUAAUAAGUUGCAUGAACUAUAAUAAUGUUUAACUUUAUUUUUGAAUGACUACAUACAAUUAUCUGUAAGGUCCCUCAGGUGUGCAGUGAAUUUCAAACAGAUUUAACCACAAAGAAGGACAGCUAUUGGUAGAUGCGUAAAAAUAAGAAAAGCAGACAUUGAAUAUCCCUUUGAGCAUGGUGAAGUUGUUAAUUACACUUUGGAGUGUGUAUCAAAACACCCAGUCACUACAAAGAUACAGGCGUCCUUCCUAACUCAGUUGCCGGAGAGGAUGGAAACUGCUCAGAGUUCACCAUGAGGCCUAACAGUUACGGUUUAAUGGCUGUAAUAGGACAAAACAACAUUGUAGUUACUCCACAAUAUUAACCUAAUUGAUAGAGUGAAAAGAAGGAAGCCUGUGCAGAAUAAAAAUAUUACAAAAUAUGCAUCCUGUUUGCAACAAGGUACUACAGUAAUACUGCAAAAAAAUGUAAUUUUUGUAUAAAGUGUUAUGUUUGGGGCAAAUUCAAUACAACACAUUACUGAGUACCACUCUCCACAUUUUCAAGCAUAGUGGUGGCUGCAUCAUGUUAUGGGUAUGUUUGUAAUUGUUAAGGACUGGGGAGUUUUUCAGGAUAAAAAAGAAAUGGAAUAGAGCUAAGCACAAUUACAAAACUGAGUUAUUCUGCUGUUUUGGCCUUUUGCUUCCUUAUUUACCUUAAUCUUUUAUUUUUGUCCCUCUGUGACACAGAUUUUUUCUUUUUAUGGGUCACUCAAGUCAAUACAUGUUAGAAUCACCUUUGGCAGCGAUUACAGCUGUGAGUCUUUCAGGAUAAGUCUCUAAGAGCUUUGCACACCUGGAUUGUACAAUAUUUGCACAUUAUUAUUUUUAUAAUUCUUCAAGCUCUUGUCAAGUUGGUUUGUUGAUCAUUGCUAGACAGCAAUUUUCAAGUCUUGCCAUAGAUUUGCAAGCCGAUUUUAAGUCAAAACUGUAACUAGGCAACUCAGGAAAAUUCAAUGUCGUCUUGCUAAGCUACUCCAGUGUAUAUUUGGCCUUGGUUUUAGGAAUCUGUCUCCCAGUGUCUGUUGGAAAGCAGACUGAACCAGGUUUUCCUUUAGGGUUUUGGCUGUGCUUAGCUUUAUUGCGUUUAUUUUUAUCCCCAAAACAAUUCCCUAAUCCUUGCCGAUGACAAGCAUACCCAUAACAUGAUGCAGCCACCACCAUGCUUGAAAAUAUGAAGAGUGGUACUCAGUGUUGUGUUGCAUUUGCUCCAAACAUAACGCUUCAUAUUCAGGACAUAAAGUUAAUUUCUUUGCCACAUUUUCUGCAGUUUUACUUGAGUGCCUUAUUGCAAACAGGAUGCAUGUUUUGGAAUAUUUUUAUUCUGUACAGGCUUCCUUCUUUUCACUCUGUCAUUUAGGUUAGUAUUGUGGAGUAACUACAAUAUUGUUGAUCCAUCCUCAGUUUUCUCCUAUCACAGCCAUUUAAACUCUGAAACUGUUUUAAAGUCACCAUUUUUAUUUAUUAUGGAUCCCCAUUAGCUGCUGCCAAGGCAGCAGCUACUCUUCCUGGGGUCCAGCAAAAUUAAGGCAGUUAUACAAUUUUAAAAACAUUACAAAACAUUUCACAACAGAUUUCACAACACAUUAAGUGUGUGCCCUCAGGCCACUACUCUACUACCACAUAUCUACAACACAAAAUUCAUGUCUAGUGUAUGUAUAGUGCAUAUGUUAUUGUGUGUGUGUGUACGCAUGUGUCUGUGCCUGUGUGUUUGUCUCUUCACAAUCCCCACUACUCCAUAGGAGUUUUUUUUUUUUUUGUUUGUUUUCUUUUUUUUAAUUUUUUUAUCUGAUUUUACUCCUUGCAUGAGUUAUUUGAUGUGGAAUAGUCAUGGCUCUAUGUAGUACUGUGCACCUCCUAUAGUCUGUUCUGGACUUUCUAGACUGUGAAGAGACCUCUGGUGGAAUGUCUUGUGGACUAUGCAUGGGUGUCCGAGUUGUGUGCUAGUAGUUUAAACAGACUGCUCAGUGCAUUCAAUAUGUCAAUACCUCUCACAAAUACAAGUAGUGAUAAAGUCAAUCUCUCCUCUACUUUGAGCCAGGAGAGAUUGACAUGCAUAUUAUUAUUAAUGUUAGUUCUCUGUGUACAUUUAAGGACCAUUGGCCUCGUGGUGAAAUCCCUGAGCGGUUUCCUUCCUCUCCGGCAACUAAGUUAGGAAGGACGCCUGUAUCUUUGUAGUGACUGGGUGUAUUGAGACGCCAUCCAAAUUGUAAUGAAUAACUUCACCAUGCUCAAAGGGAUAUUUAAUGUCUGCUUUUUUUUUAUGUCCCCAUCUACCAGUAAGUGCCCUUCUUAAUAAUAAUAAUAAUAAUAUACCAUUUAGCAGACGCUUUUAUCCAAAGCGACUUACAGUCAUGCGUGCAUACAUUUUUUGUGUAUGGGUGGUCCCGGGGAUCGAACCCACUACCUUGGCGUUACAUUGGCGAGGCAUUGGCGUUACAUUGGCGAGGCAUUGGAAAACCUCCCUGGUCUUUGUAAUUGAAUCUGUGUUUGACUGAGGGACCUUACAGAUAAUUGUAUGUGUGGGGUACAGAGAUGAGGUAGUCAUUCAAAAAUCACGUUAUACACUAUUAUUGCACACAGUGUGUGAAAUUAUUUAGGCAUGCCAUAACAAGACAUUUCAGCUUUCCAUUUUUAUGAAUUUGUAAACAAUUCUAAAAACAUAAUUCCACUUAUGGGGUAUUGUGUGUAGGCAGGUAACACAAUCUACAUUUAAUCUAUUUUAAAUUCAGGCUGUAACACAACAACAUUUUGAAAAAGUCAAGGGGUGUGAAUACUUUCUGAAGGCUCUGUAUAUGUGACGUGUCGAAGAGUGUUGCCACUCGACCAAUAUAUGUGGCAUAUACACUGAGUACAAAACAUAUGGAACACCUGGUCUUUCCAUGACAUAGACUGACCAGGUGAAUACAGAUGAAAAAUUCACUUUAGUCAGGGGGGAGACGGGUUAAAAAAUUAUUUUUAAGCCUUGAGACAUGGAUUGUGUAUGUGUGCCAUUCAGAGGCUGAAUGGGCAAGACAAAAUAUUUAAGUGCCCUUGAACAGGGUAUGGUAGUAGGUGCCAGGCGCACCGGUUUGAAUGUGUUAAGAACUGCAACGCUGCUAGGUUUUUCAUGCUCAACAGUUUCCCUUGUGUUUCAAGAAUGGUCCACCACCCAAAGGACAUCCGGCCAACUUGACACAACUAUGGGAAGCAUUGGAUUCAACAUGGGCCUUUUAGAGUUCAUGCCCUGAUGAAUUGAGGCUGUUCUGAGGACAAAAAGGGGUGUUUUGUACAAUCAGUGUAUGUAAAAAAUGACAUGUCCUCUUCCUUGCAGACGUUCACGGCACCGUCCUUUGACGAUAAGAUCCUGGAGGUGGUGGCGGUGUUUGGCAGCAUUCAAAUGGCUGUGUCCAGAGUCAUCAACCUGCAGCACCACCGUAUCGCACAG